UUACCCCGAUGCCCUCUUCGGGCCAUUCGUUAUUUAAAGUUCUAUUGUAUUUCAAAUGUUUCGAUAUGAAGGCUUGUUUUCAAUUCUUCUGUUUGCUUUCAGUGGGACAAUUGCUCGGAGUGAUAUAGCAAAUUGCGUUCUUGAUUACAAUCCAAUUUGUGUUGUACAUGAGGAUUGCGGUUUCACACUGAAUAGCAAAUGCUUGUUAGACUUGCAUAAAAAUGUUUUUUACCAUAAAAACCAAGCGACUUUUGAAUCAUUUAUAAGCGGACCCUGUCCGAAGGAUAAACAAAAGUGCCCAUACAAAAAUUAUUUAUCAGGAAAAACUUUUGAUAAUACUUCCAAAUAAAAUAUCCUAAGCAAAUACUAAAAUGUUUGUCAGAAA